AUGGCGCAUUCCCCAAGGACAUCCCUAAUAUUGGGAUGCUUCCUGCUUAUUGCUCCAUUGUUUACUUACGGUAUGAGCCCCUUGCCGAUGCUCUUUCCAGAAAGCGAAGAAAUGAUAGUACAGUUACACAAUUCCUUUUCAAUAAGCUGCAGUGGUGAGAGUGAGCUGAGCUGGCACUAUCCCACUGAGGAGGAUGGUGAUGACAGUCUAGACAUCCGGCAUGAAGAAAACAACAGCGGACUCUUUUGUGUCAGUGAUAGAAGUGAAGAACGCCUCUGCCUAUCACACAGGAGUUUAUACCUGCUAUUACAAUCACACCCAGACAGAUGACUUUGACGUUGAAGGCAUGGACAUGUACAUUUAUGUUCCAGAUCCCACAGUUCCUUUUGUUCCAUCUGCAAUGCUUGACCACAUUAUUGUAGUGGAAGAAGAUGAAUCUGCUAUCGUUCCCUGUCGGACGACUGAUCCUAACAGCCAAGUGACAUUGAGGAACAAGGAUAUGGACAAGAUUGUCAAUGCCUUCUAUGACAGCAAGCAAGGUUUUGCUGGCAAUUUCGUAUCCGGUGUCUACAUUUGUGAAACCAUGGUCAAUGGUGUGCUCUUCAAAACCGAUGAUUUCAACCUACAGACGUGGAAAGCCAGUAAUAACAUUGCUGUGGAAAUGCAAGCCCCAAAAACUGUUUUCAGAAUGGGUGAAACCAUCACCAUUUCUUGCAUCGUCCUAGAGAAUGAGGUGGUUGACCUGCAAUGGAAUUACCCAGGAAAGCAGAGAAAAUCUGGAAUUAUAAAGGUUGAAGAAAGCAAGAAGCCUCAGCUAAGACUGGAAUAUACUCUGACCAUCCCAAAUGUUACAGAAAAGGAUUCUGGGGAAUACGAAUGUGCAGUCAUUCCUGCUACAGGAGAAGGCAAAGAAGCACAGCAAGUUAAUGUCACAGUUCAUGAUAAAGGAUUUGUAACACUGAACCCCAAAUUUAGACAGCUGGAAUUUGCAAAUCUCCAUGAAGUAAAGGCUUUUUCUGUGGAGGUGGAGGCUUACCCAGCACCAAAGAUCUUCUGGUUAAAGGACAAUGUUACUUUGAAUGACAGCAUGACAGAGAUCACUACAACCACCAUCAGGAACGAGGAAGCUAAAUAUUCAAGUAGGUUGAACCUCAUCCGCGUCAAAGAGGAGGAUGGCGGCAUGUACACACUUGUAGUUCAUAAUGAUGCGGAAAAUAAAACAUCUUCAUUUGAGCUGCAAAUUAAAGUUCCUGCUUUGAUAUUGCAACUAGUGGAUGAUCACCAUGGCUCAUCUGGUCAGCAAACCGUGGAGUGUCUAGCUAAAGGAAUGCCCAUUCCAGAUGUGGAAUGGUUGGUUUGCAAGGAUAUAAAAAGGUGUAAUAAUGACAGCUCCUGGUCUGUUUUGGUAACCAAUGGUACAGGAAUCAGCAUGGAGACUCAUCAAGACAAUGAGAACAUAGUGGAGAGUCAAGUGACUUUCAAGAAGGUUGAGGAGACUGUAGCGAUCCGGUGUAUAGCAAAGAAUGAUCUUGGGGUUGUUGCAAGGGAGUUGAAAUUGGUUGCUGCUACCCUACGCUCAGAACUGACAGUGGCAGCUGCUGUGCUUGUUCUCCUUGUGAUUGUUAUUAUAUCACUCAUAGUCCUAGUCAUUAUAUGGAAGCAGAAACCAAGAUAUGAGAUUAGAUGGCGAGUGAUUGAGUCAAUCAGCCCCGAUGGCCAUGAGUAUAUAUAUGUAGAUCCAAUGCAAUUGCCCUAUGACUCACGAUGGGAAUUUCCAAGAGAUGGCCUUGUUCUUGGUCGAAUCCUUGGAUCUGGUGCCUUUGGAAAGGUAGUAGAGGGAGCUGCAUAUGGACUUAGCCGAUCACAGCCUGUGAUGAAAGUUGCUGUGAAAAUGCUUAAACCCACUGCCAGAUCCAGUGAGAAACAAGCUCUAAUGUCUGAACUGAAAAUCAUGACUCAUCUUGGACCUCAUCUGAACAUAGUCAACUUGUUAGCUGCAUGUACCAAGUCAGGACCUAUUUACAUAAUUACUGAAUACUGCUUUUAUGGGGACCUGGUGAAUUAUCUUCACAAAAACCGGGACACCUUUCAGAGUCGACAUCCAGAGAAGCUAAAGAAAGAUCUUGACAUCUUUGGCCUGAACCCCGUUGAUGAGAGCACCAGAAGCUAUGUCAUUUUAUCUUUUGAAAAUAAUGGUGACUAUAUGGACAUGAAGCAGGCUGACAAUACCCAGUAUGUUCCAAUGCAUGAAAUGAACGAGGUGUCUAAGUAUUCUGACAUUCAGAGAUCCUGGUAUGAUCGGCCAGCAUCUUACAAAAAGAAGCCUAUGUCAGAGGUGAAAAACCUUUUCUCAGAUGAAGGCUUUGAGGGUUUGACGAUGCUGGAUUUGCUAAGUUUUACCUACCAGGUUGCUCGAGGCAUGGAGUUCCUAGCUUCGAAGAAUUGUGUACACCGUGACUUGGCAGCUCGAAAUGUUCUGCUGGCACAAGGAAAAAUAGUCAAAAUCUGUGACUUUGGUCUGGCCAGAGACAUCAUGCAUGACUCUAAUUAUGUUUCAAAGGGCAGCACUUUUCUCCCUGUAAAAUGGAUGGCACCAGAAAGCAUUUUUGAUAACCUAUACACAACCCUGAGUGAUGUGUGGUCAUUUGGCAUUCUUCUUUGGGAAAUAUUUUUUCUCUUGGUGGAACACCAUACCCAGGGAUGGUAGUGGAUUCUUCAUUUUAUAACAAGAUCAAAAGUGGCUACAGAAUGGCAAAACCAGAGUAUGCUACCCAUGAAGUGUAUGACAUAAUGGUGAAAUGUUGGAACAGCGAGCCAGAGAAGAGACCUUCCUUCUACCAUCUGAGUGAAAUAGUUGAAAGUCUUCUACCUGCAGAGUAUAAAACGUGCUAUGAGAAGAUUCUCCACGACUUCCUGAAAAGUGACCAUCCAGCUGUAACUCGUAUGGGUUGCGAAACUGACAACUCCUACAUUGGGGUGACUUACAAGAAUGAGAACAAAAUGAAGGACAGAGAGAAUGUAUUUGAUGAACAAAGACUCAGUGCUGAUAGUGGUUACAUCAUCCCUCUUCCAGAUAUUGAUCCUGUAUCAGAAGAUGAGUCAGGCAAGAGAAACAGACACAGCUCUCAAACAUCUGAAGAAAGUGCAAUUGAGACUGGAUCCAGCAGCUCGACAAUUGUCAAGAGAGAGGAUGAGACCAUCGAAGACAUUGAAAUGAUGGACGACAUUGGAAUAGAUUCUUCAGAUCUAGUUGAGGACAGUUUCCUCUAG